GCUUUGUGAACACACCACAAAAACAGCCUCCUCACACAACUUGUACUUAAGUCUAAAACUGGUCUAAAAGCAUUUUGAAUACUUCAUCCUAAAUAAAAUCACCAAAUGAUAUCAAUAAUUAUGCUACAAUAUGCCCUUUGUUAGAAACCUGCUGGAUGAUUGACAGGCAUGGAUUAUCAAAACUGUUUUAUAGAAAUAUUACAGAAAGGAAAAAUAAAAUACAGAAGCUUAAAGUCCCCAGAAUCUGUACAGUUAAUUGAAGUACAUCCUUUUGAAAGCUGUGUUAAAUAUGGGACAUGUAUGCUUUAAUAUAAAAAAAAAUUUAUACGUCCACAUUUUCAUGUGGAUGUAUUAUGCCGUCACCCCUGUUUGCCCGUCCGUCCACAAAUUGUUUGUGGACACUCUACGGGUCAUAAUUUUUUUAUCCAAUUUUGACGAAUCUUGAAAUAUAGGUCUAUCUCCCAAAGAUCUCGGUUGCUUUCGAUAUUGGCAUGUAUCGGAGCAUAACUUCAUGGAUUAUGGUCCCUGAUUGUUCGAAAAAUCACGUUUUUAGCUGGUAGACCCUCUAGAGGUGACAAUUUUUUUUCUGAUUUUAAAAAUUGUUUAGAUAUAUCACCAUUCCACCAUAAUGAGGGUUGAAUUGGAAAAUUGAAAUGAAACUGACCGACAAAAUGGUCGUUCUUUGUACUCAAAUUGUGUAUAAGUAUGUAAUACAAAGGUUAUGGACCCUCUAGAGGUCACAAUUUUUAUCUGAUUUUGAUCAAACUUAAAACAUAUCUUUAUAUUCCAAAAAACCUCAGUCCCUUUUGAUGGAUUAUGGCCCCUGAUUGUUCGAAAAAUCAAGUUUUUAGCUUGUGGACACUCUAGAGGUCACAAUUUUAAUCCGAUUUGUAUGAAACUUGAAAUACAUGUUUAUAAUCCAAAGAUCUUAGUUCCUUUCGAUAUUCUCGCAUAUCGGAUUGUAACUUCCUGAAUUAUGGCCCUUGAUUGUAUGAAAAAUCGCGUUUUAGACUUACGGUCCCUCAAGAGGUAACGAUUUUUAUCCAAUUUAAGAAAAAACCAUUUGAAUAUAUCACUGUUAGCCCCUAAUGAUGUUUGAGUUCGAAUUUCGUGAAAAUCUGAUCAAAACUGCCGGACAAAAUGACUGCCCCUUGUAUGCUAAUAGUGUAAAUGAAAUGAAAUGAAAUGGAGUUUAACGUCCUACUGUUCUGCUCCUAACCUGGGCUAAUGAAGACGGGCAUACGCCAUACAGUGUGCUAUGAGGGAAAUUUUGCCCGGACAGCGGCACUACGGCCUACUCUUAUAUCGAAUUCCAACUGCCAAGGGAUCUUUUACGUGCACGCCAAUGUGUACACAGGACCUCGGUUUUUCGUCCCAUCCGAACGACUAGACAGCUUUCCUUGUCAGCCCCUCCGUCCUGCAUCACUGACAAGGGAGAACCACGCCGGAAAAUCUGGAUGAACUUUCUCGGCCAAUGCAGGGAUCGAACACCCGACCUCCAGGCUAGCGAGCUAGCGUCUUACCCACUUAGCCUUGUGAUCCCCUGCUAAUAGUGUAAAAAUAUGGUAUAUCAAGGUUGUGGACUCUCUAGAGGUCACAAUUUGCAUGUUUAUAACCCAAAGAUCUUGGUUCCUUUCGACAUUUGUGCAUAUUAGAUCAUAACUUCCUGAAUUAUGGCCCCUGAUUUUACAAAAAAAUCACAUUAUUUUUUUAGCUCGUUCUCUUGCAAAAUGUGGGUGUAUACUAUAUUGCAUGGCAACCGCUUGUUCUAACUGGUGGACAAAUGAGCCUAACUGUAUUGAAUGCUAUAUUAAACUAAAAGAGAAUACAGAAAGAUUAUACAAAAUGGUUCCAAUUAUCACAACAAGUAAUUUCUUUACUUGCUUUGAUUGCAGACUUCAAAGUAAAUAUGUCCGAUGUGUAUCUAGUACAACUUUAAUAAAACGAAACUGACGUAUUUUAUCAGCUUGAACAAAAUGAGAUGUGUAGUGUGUACACUAUUGUGAUUGGGUCUGGUAUUUGGGUGGGUUAGUCAAGAUGAAAUUAAGACUUAUGAAUACAUAGAUAGUAGUUUUAUUGUUUAAAGCAUGACAUCUCUACGGCAUGGCUAUAGCAACAUUGAUCUCAGAGGGUGUAAUCUUUCAGAUAUAAAAGAGCCUAUAAGUAGUAUGCUGUCGACAUUAAUUAUUUUAUCAAUUGAAGAAAAUCCUUUAAAUCAAUUGAAGGAUUCAGAUUUUCAUGGGUUGACAGAAAUGAGAUAUUUAUCAUUACCUCCUACAUUCCAGUGUCCAGGUGGAUCCGAAGCCUGGUCUUAUAUAAACAAAACAAAUAUGUCUAUUAUAUGUAACAAUCAAGUAGAUCUAUGCUCAGUUCACAAUGUUACCUGCCCUUCCAAUUCAUUUUGCAACAAUACAGCACCAGGAUUAUAUGAAUGUGAUUGUAAACCAGGCUAUUAUGGAUAUAAAUGUUUAAGAAAGGGAAAUUUUCCAACAGUCCAAUUCAGUAUUGGGUUAGCAGUGUCAACUGUAGUUAUUAGUAUAUUCUUGUGGAUAUUUCAAAGACGACAUGUAAAGAAGAAUUUAUAGUACUAUACAACAUCUUGACAUUUUAACUUGUAAUUAUGUAAAAUGAAAUUUGUUUUAUUCAUCUUUAUUUACACUUUCAUAUCAUUUUAUUUAAUAAACAUAUGCUAUAUUUGUUAA